AAACAGCUGGCAGCGCUGCAAGCAGCUGAGGCGAAGAAGAAGAAGAAGACAAGAAUAAAUCAGCAGAAAACGCCUCUAAAAGAAAACGAAAAAAGAGGAAACUGAUAAAUAUGAUGUCCCAAUAUAUGGAGGAGUUUGAACAGGAGCCUUUCGAGGUGGGCGAGUUUAUUGAACGUCUUACCUGGCGCACUAACAAUGAGCUGCAGAAUAGCGAGGAUUUCAAUCCGGAGGCUCUUCAUAACACGUUCAUACAAACGAUCAAGGAUCUGAAGAUAUUGCAGGAGAAGCAGCAGAGCAGGUGCGAACGUUUGGAGGAAUCAUUGCGACAGGAGCAGGAUUCGCAUGCCAAGAAAAUCGUUAAGCUGCAGGAGCGUCAUCAAACCGCAAUCGACUGGUUUGGCCAGCUGGAUGAGAAGAUCAAUUCGGUGGCAGGCAAGAUAAUGCAUCUGGGCGAGCAGCUGGAGAAUGUGAAUACUCCACGUAGUCGCUCGGUGGAGGCGCAAAAACUGCUCAGCUACAUGUCCGAAUUUUUGAUGGCCGGACCCGUCAUAGUCAAUGAUAUAUUCAGUGAUCCCCUGCGUCUCCAUGAAGCUGCGGAUGUCAUACAAAAGUUGUACGCAAUUUCACAAGAUCUACCGCCCGGUAAUUUUGCCGAGUCCAAGCGUAAAAUUGAAAAGAAAUACGAUGAAGUGGAGCGACGACUCAUCGAGGAGUUCGCAGCGGCCCAAAAGAGCGAGGAUAUUGAGCGUAUGAAGUGCCUGGCACAAAUCCUAUCCCAAUUCAAAGGAUAUACACAGUGUGUAGAUGCCUAUAUCGAGCAGAGCCAAAUGCAGCCAUGUAGCGGCAAGGAUAUAUUCAUUGGCAUAGUGCCCAUGUGCAAGCAUCACUAUGAGAUCAUCAAGAAGGUGUUUGCCAAUCCACAGCAAGUCAUGUCCAAGUUCAUACUGAACAUCUAUCAGUUGAAGCUGCAUCAGUAUGCAAUGACCAAGUUGGAAGACAAGAAGGAUGAGGAGAAGUAUCUGCGAACGCUCUACGAACUCUAUUCGCGCACUUUGAAACUAUCCAGCGAUCUGCAGGUUUACAUGUCCACCAUUGAUGAUGAUCUGCUGCAAAAGCUCACCCAACAAAUUUUCAUGAAAAACCUGGCCGUCUAUCCCGAAAUUGAAAUCAAGUGUCUGACGGCUAAGUGCUCGACGGAGCUGGAGAAAUUCUAUGCCAGCAAGAAACAUCAGAAGACACAAACGACAAAAGGUUUUCGACGCAACAUGGAGGUGCUGAUUGCGACACGGGCGAACAUCAACAUUGCAGCCAUUGAGGAUUAUGGUGGCGAAACUUUUCUAUCGGAGGAACUGGCCAUCAAUAUGCUGCAAGAGGCCAAAGCCUCCUUCAAACGCUGCAGACUGCUCUCGAGCGAGGUAGAGCUGCCCGGCAAUGCCAUCAAGCUGAACGGUAUUUUGCAGCGCUUCCUCAUGCACGAGCAUGUUGACUAUGCAUUGGAGUUGGGCCUGCAGGCCGUGCCAUUGGCUGAGGGCAAAGUAUUUCCACAAUUGUAUUUCUUUGAUGUGGUCCAAAAGACGAAUAUCAUUGUGCAUUUGCUGGACAAAUUGUGUAACACGUCAGUUAUACCCUGCGUUAGUAACACACCAAAAUACUCAGAUUAUGUGUUUAAGAAGCGCACAUUAAUGGAUCAAAUUGAAACGAAACUGGAUCAGGGACUGGAUCGCUCCAUAAGCGCAGUGAUUGGCUGGGUUAAGGUCUAUCUGCAGUACGAACAGAAGAAAACGGAUUAUAAGCCCGAAACGGAUGUGGAUACAAUCUCAUCGGCUGCUUGCCUUCAAGUGGUGCAGAGUCUGCAGCCCGUUAUUGUGCAGAUAAAAAAGUGUGUGGAUGGCGAAAAUCUGCAAAAUGUGCUGACAGAGUUUGGAACACGACUCCAUCGCAUCAUCUACGAUCAUUUGCAGACAAUGCAAUUCAAUACGGCGGGCGCCAUGUGUGCCAUUUGCGAUGUCAACGAGUAUAGAAAGUGUAUACGUGAGCUAGACAGUCCGCUGGUGACGCAACUAUUCGAUAUACUGCACGCUCUAUGCAACUUGCUGCUGGUAAAACCGCAAAACCUUCAAGAGGUUUGCACUGGUGACACUUUGAACUAUCUGGACAAGUCUGUGGUGCGUCAAUUCAUCCAACUGCGCACCGAUUUUCGUAUCAUUAAGAACACCAAUUAUCUAAAGGGAAUCAUCGAGUAGGAAUCGAACGUAACCAGAGGCGAGGGCGAGCCCUUGCUGACUCACAUUCCCAAAUUUAAUUGCGUUGCUCUGUGUGGUUAUUUAUUUAUAUAAACGUAAUCAUGAACAAAAACCAAUAUACACAACGUAUUUGAUUUGUUGACACAUUUCAAUUAAAGUCAAGUGCUUGCAUUUUUUUAUCUACA